AUGAAGGACCCAUGGUUAAUAGCAGAUGACUUUAAUGACAUUAUGCGACCUGAUGAAAAGAAUGGUGGAGUUACUGCCUCAUCUAGAAAGUGUAAUUUAUUUAGAGAUAGAGAGGAUGCAUGUAAGCUUAUGGAUCUUGGCUCUUCUGGUCCAAAGUUUACAUGGAAGGAUCCAAUCUAUAAUGGAGGUCAGCGUAUUUACGAGAAGUUGGAUAGAGCCAUGAUUAAUAUAUAA